UGCGGUGCGCUGUGCGCAGUUUUCGAGUCAGUACUCAGUAAGCGUGCGACACUCGAUGUGCUAGGAAGGGUAGGUGCGUCUGCGUCCUGCGUCGUCCGUGUUCGCUGUGCCGGUCGGGUAGUCAGGUUUGUGCGUGAUUCAUUUGACGCCGAUUCAAAUAAUAAUGGCUGUCACGUCGGUGUAACUGCUACUAGUUGUUAUCAGGCUCUAUUUGUUCAUUUACCAGGUCUCGGAUUACCUUCUCUCUUAAUUGGAUAGAUCCAGAAAAAACAGAGAGGAUAAUGCUGAAGCACGUGCAGCUGAGUCCUUACCGCACGAGGGCCGCUGACACGCUCAGUCUCAGCUCGAAUGCCAGCUACAGUCCCGAGCCCCUCUCCUCCAGGUCCUCGUCCUACUCCAGUCUCAGCGAUCCUCAGUACACGACAAUCAAGGUGUACGCGAAAUGCCUGAGGCCGGACAUAGAGUACAAGACGCUGAGCAUUUCGUUUCAGACGACUUGUCGCGAAGUGGUGAACCAGCUGCUCAGCAAGUACAGAAUGCGCCAUCGCGACCCAAACCUAUUCUAUCUCACCAUGGAGGUCAAUGUCAGGAGCACUGGGUCUGUCGAAGGAGGAGCGACUGUGGUGCUGGACCUGGACGAUGAGGCACGCCCGGCCGCCCUGCAGUCUUGCCACCCCAAGGGCGAGUCGCGCUUCUCGCUGCAAACUCACCCUGGCGGCCUCGUCAAGAUUUAUGACAGCGUGCUCAUGCCAGGGUCUCAAUACAAGAGUUUGCAGAUCUCUAACCGCACAACAGUGGACGAGCUGAUCCAAAUCCUUCUGAACUGCUACAACAGCAAGGAGAGAGUGGAACAGUUCUCCUUGUAUGAGGUGUGCGAGAGCCAGGAAUACCAAAGGAAAUUGCAUCCGGAUGACAGUCCGCUACAUGUGCAGCAGUGCUGGUCUUCCUCUCACAAGUUCCACUUUCUCAUCAGAAGGAACAGGGACUACAGACCACCACGCUUGAACAAAGCACCGUGGACACCUGAGAUGUCCAUCAUACCACGCUUAUCACGCAUGUCACUGUCUCGCUCCGCUGAGCCAACCACCUCCUACUCUCAAUAUGAAAACUAUUUCUACAUUUAAAUUAUCUCGCUUGUAGCCCUGAUAUGCUAUCUAGUUAUAUGUUGGCUGUGAAUGAACAUUGUGCGCCAAGCAUCGCAUCAACCCAGUCAACGUAGCUGCAACAUAAUCCACGUAUAACACGUUUCUUAUAUGUAUUACCACGUGAUUCCUCUCCAUUCACCGCCCCUCCCCCCACCAACCACCACAAUGAUGUUUGUCAAUUGUCAAAUGCCAAUCAAUCUCUCAUCUUAUCUACGUUUUCUCUCCAUCUUGAAAGGAUUUUCUCUGUCUCUCCACUCUCAUUAAUUUGAACUUCUCAAUUAUUGCUCCUAACACCACUUGGAGCAAAAUGAGUACCCAAUGUAAUUGAUGGGCAAUCUUUUGAAAGGUAUUAUAGCUAUAAAGAAUAAAUAAGAAUUAUUAUAUGUCUCUCUUUAUGAAUUCACUAUAGUAAUUAAUAAUUCACUCGAUUUGUUUUUGUUUGAAUUUGAAGACUUCAAAAUCUGGUACGGUGUAUAGAAGGAUUUUAUUAGAACGAAAAAGGUAAUUUUUAAUUUUUUGACAAUAUUAUGUUUAUGGACGCUCUCGGUGUCUGGAUACUAUUCAAAAACUAAAUUUGAAAAAUUGUAGUUCAAUAAGUCAAAGCAGGAAAAUCAUACCUGAAUAUUUAAUUUGUAUUAUAACACAAAUUUAAACAUUACUACAACCGUACUAUAAGAAUAUGGUAAUUGUAAACCGUACUAGUGCAUCAUUCAUAAUGCAAGUUGAUCAUUAAAGAGAUUUUAUUUUUUGACAUACAUUUUUCAUGGGACCAAUAUUGCGUUGAGUUUUCUGGGAUUUCUUAAAAAUAUAUUUACAUAAUAAGUGUCUUUGUCAUGUUUCACAGUUGUUAUUCCUUAUAGCAGGCUCAAUUUUCUUCAAGACACAAUUUUGAACGAUAUUCCAAAAAAAAAUUCAUUUUAUGGACUCUGUAAGUAUGAUUUCGUUAAAUUAAAAUUUUCUGUAUGAGUUACA